AUGUCUGACCCCUCUUCGGGAUACCAUGGUGCUGAUCCUACAGUUCUGCAGAAUGAAGGAGUACAUUUAGCUCAUCUGGCUGUACAACAUGAUCAAGCUCAGCAUUUUGAUCUGGCCAUCUUCUAUUAUACUGAAGCAGCCCAGACUUUGCUUGCUGCAGCUCAAGCAGGUUCACAAGUACCCAAUAUUGUGGAGAAGGCCAGAGAGUACAUGAUGAGAGCAGAUACCAUUAAACAAGCUUUGCAGUCCACAACACAGAAUACACCAGCGCAACCCAAGUCUCCACAGCAGCUGGAUGUGGAGCGAGCUCACUUCCUGCUGAGAGAGGCAUUGGGUGAGGAUGAACAAAACAACACUGAAGAAGCCAUCAGCCUGUAUUCUGAAGCCAUCACUUUGUGUUUGUCAGUUAGAGACAGCAACCCAGAUCCAAAACUGAAGGAGAAAGUAAUUAAAAUGGCAACACAGGCACUGGACAGAGCUGAAGCACUGAAGAAGAAAACUGCUAAGCUGCCUGCACCAUCUUCCACAUCCUCAGCAACAUCUUCACCAGGACCAGCAAUUCGCACUAUCACUGGUAAAGUUGUGCCUCCUCUUGGAUUUGGAGCUUUCUCUAACACAGAUGAGGAUAAUAGCUCCACACAGAGAUUGCUGUCAUCAGGAACCCUAGCAGUUAAAGGUGAUGGGAAAUCACUUGUUUCAUCAGGAAAGAAAACUCUUAUAAAUGUUGGGCCAAGUUCUUACUCAAAAGAUGAAAUUGCAGUACUCAGGAGUACAUCCAAGAUUAAUGGUCGUGAAUAUGUGCCUUUUCUAGCAGUUGAUAAAAAAGAAAAAUUUGCCUUUUUGGAACCAUUUAAUGAUAAAGAUGGUAAACUGACUCUUUCGCCAAAACAGAAGCAGCAGUUUGGAAAAUGGGUCAGACCUGAAGAUUUCUGUGAUGAGCCAAAAAUUAUUUAUGCCAUCUCAAGUUUUAGUAUACGACAGACUAUUGUUUCAGAUUGUAGUUUUGUAGCAUCCCUUGCUAUCAGUGCACAGUAUGAGAAACGUUUCAGGAAAAAACUCAUCACCACCAUUAUAUAUCCACAAAACCAAAAUGGAGAGCCUGUCUACAACCCAUGUGGUAAAUACAUGGUCAGGUUUAACUUGAAUGGCGUGUGGAGGAAGGUCAUCAUUGAUGACUUCCUACCUAUGUCCAAGCAUGGCGAUCUGCUGUGUUCAUUUUCCAAUAACAAGAAUGAACUCUGGGUAUCUCUGCUUGAAAAAGCCUACAUGAAAGUUAUGGGAGGAUAUGACUUUCCUGGAUCAAAUUCUAAUAUUGAUCUUCAUGCUUUGACUGAAUGGAUCCCAGAAAGAAUAGCAAUCAGACCAAAUUCUGCAGAAUUCAACCAAGACAAAGAGUUCAAGCGUCUGCUGGACAGAUUCCACAAAGGCCACUGCUUAGUGACAGUUGCUACAGGAGAGCUAUCUGAUGCAGAUGCUGAUAGGGCAGGCCUUGUACCAACUCAUGCCUAUGCCAUGCUUGACAUCAGAGAGUACAAGGACAAGAAACUUUUUAUGCUGAAAAAUCCCUGGAACCAUUUGAGAUGGAAGGGACAUUACUCGGAGAUGGAUCUUGACAAUUGGACACCAGAACUUCAAAAAGCUUUAAAUUAUGAUCCACACAGUGCUCAGAUGUUUGAUAAUGGUGUCUUCUGGAUUGAUUACAGAUCAUUGUGCAAAUUCUUUGAUGUUUUUUAUAUAAACUGGGACCCCGACUUGUUUUCAUACACAACAUGUAUACACCAUACAUGGAAUGCUAAAGAAGGACCCAAGAAGGAUUCCUACAACAUCAGUGACAAUCCUCAGUACUGCCUUCAAGUGAUGGGGAAUCAGAAUGCUGCUGUGUGGAUACUAUUGACAAGGCAUAUCACAGAUAAGGCUGACUUUGCAGACAACAAGGAAUUUAUCACAGUGCUUGUGUACAAAACUGGAGGCAAAAAAAUAUUUUACCCAUAUGACCCUCCACCUUACAAGGAUGGUGUGCGUAUUAACAGCCCUCAUUAUCUGUGUAAAUUGGUUGAGGAAUCUACGAGGGAACCUUACACACUGGUGAUAUCUCAGUAUGAGAAAAAUAACACCACACACUAUACACUUCGAGUGUAUAGCACAUGCGAGUUCACACUGACACGUUUCUCAAAUCCGUACAAGAAGCACUUAGAUCAAAGAAUAACUGGACAAUGGAAAGGUAAAACUGCUGGAGGUUGUGCCAACAAUCGGGAGACAUAUAUUAACAAUCCUCUGUACCAGGUUCACAUUGACAACAACAACACAGACAAUCACCUCAUGAUCGAGCUGUUGGGACCAAAGCAGUACAGUGUGGGCUUUGAGGUCAUAUGUGUCAGUGAAAACGUAGCCAAUGCUCCAGGAGCUUUCAAGAAAACAACAUCAGGUGACUUCAGGCCAGGUUACUGCGUGCUUCAGCUGUCCAACAUCUCAGGUGGUGUUUACAAUGUGAGACCUUGCACGUUCAAGGCGGGAAAUGAAGGCCCCUUCUUUCUGGACUUUAGUUGUUCGACAGCUUACACUGUUCAUCAGUUGCAGUAA